CUCAGAAGAAGACACACAUGACUAUUCAUCCUAAGAGAGAACUGAUAAUGGAUCAACAAAACUAAUCUACUCAAGUCCAGCUUGGACAUUGACUUUCAACAGGAUGAAGACUACAACCUGCUCACUUUUCAUCAUCAUCUCCCUUCUCCAGCUGAUGAUUCUAGUGAAUACUGAAGAGACCUUAGACUCCAUCAUGAAGAAGCUCAAGGAAGCUCUCAGCCGCCUAGAGCAUCCUCGCCCCACUGUGACGAAGAGUGUGUCCUGCACUACUGUCAAAGCUGCGGGAAAACUGGCUUCCUGUCCAUCUGGGAUGAUUGCUACUGGUUGCUCUUGUGGCUUUGCUUGUGGAUCAUGGAACGUCCAGAAUGAAAACAUUUGCCACUGCCUGUGUCCAAUCAUAGACUGGACUCUUGCUCGCUGUUGUGAUCUGAGGAAAUGAGGAAGCAGAGAAUCCAGUUUUGAAAUGACCAUUAUAAUGAAACAGUGAUCCCACCCAGGAAAUCUGACUCACU